ACGGAUCAUACCAUUAUCAAGAUGAAAUACUUCAAGCUCUGCUGGAUUUUUGUUAUUGUGCUGCUGUUCUUCUGCUCGGAAUAUGCUCAUGCGGCUCCCAAAAGAAAAGGUGGCUUUAGGCUUCCAAAGAUUCACGUACCAAAGAUCAACAUCAACAUUCAUCAUAAUAACAUCCAUAUCGGUUAAAAGUGGAUUUUAUUUUGCUUUAGUUGUAUAGCUUAAAUUAAACUUAUUAGAAUAGCCAUUAUAUGGCCUCUAGAUGCAAUACUCUUAUUUAUUGAAAUAAAGUUCAAGAAUUUAGUUGUUAAA